GUCCUGGGCGACGAGUAGAGGACGGUGGCGGAGAAGAAGAAAGAGGAGCGAAGGAGGCAACAUAACGAAGACCGGCACCAACCAAGAGAGAGAAGAAGCAGCCCGGGAGAAGAGGAGAGGCCAGCGAGAGAUCAUCAGAGGGAGAGAAAUUUGCAGGCAAAAACUAGCUGUCUCCCCUCCGGAAUCUAGCUAAUUACUUUCCAGUCCUUCUGCCCCCAUGUAAGUCUCCCCUCCCCGUCGCCUGCACCUACCGGAAGCGACGCCUCCUCCUGCGGUUCUGGUCCAUUCCCGGGUCGUCGCCGUCGGCUAUCUAGAUGGUGGCCGCUCGCCGGAGCACGGCCUCCACGGCCGCGCUCCUGCUGCUCCUGCUCGCGGUUGCGGCAUCCGUCUUUUCUUCCGCCGUGUUGCAACUCGGCCAGGAGCAGGACAGAUCGGCUCUACUCCAGCUCAAGAACGCCUUCCCUUCCGUGGAGCUGCUCCGGCGGUGGUCUCCGGACUCCGGCGCCGCCGACCACUGCACCUGGCCGGGGGUCACCUGCGACGCGAGGUCCCGGGUCGUCGCUCUGGAGGUGCCCGCGCCUUCACGGCGCUUCGAAACCGGCGGGGAGCUCGCUGGCGAGCUGCCGGCGGCGGUUGGGCUCCUCACCGAGCUGAAACAGGUCUCUUUUCCGUUCCACGGUCUCCGCGGCGAGAUCCCCAGUGAGAUCUGGGGGUUGGAGAAGCUCGAGGUGGUCAACCUUGCGGGGAACUCUCUCCGGGGCGCCCUUCCGGCCGUCUUCCCGCCGAGGCUGAGGGUGCUUACCCUUGAUUCCAACCUGCUUCACGGUGAGAUCCCCUCCUCCCUUUCCACCUGCAAAGAUUUGGAAAGGUUGGAUCUUUCAGGCAACCGAUUCACUGGAUCGGUGCCCGGAGCUCUUGGCGGCCUGCCCAAGCUUAAGACGCUUGACUUGUCCGGAAACCUCUUCUUGGGGAGCAUUCCCUCGAGUCUAGGGAAUUGCGCGCAGCUCCUCUCACUGCGGCUGUUCUCCAAUUUGUUGAAUGGUUCUGUUCCAGCAGAGAUUGGAAGGCUGAGCAAGUUGCAGGUUUUAGAUGUCUCCGGUAACAGGUUGAGUGGACCGGUACCAUUAGAGUUGGGUAAUUGCUCAGAUUUGUCAGUUCUCAUAUUGUCUAGCCAGUUCAAUUCAAUGGAUUCGCAUGAGCUCAAUCUGUUUGAACGGGGGAUUCCAGAGAGUGUGACAGCUUUGCCAAGGCUCAGGGUUCUUUGGGCACCAAGGGCUGGGCUGGAAGGAACUGUGCCGGACAAUUGGGGAAGGUGUCGUAGUUUGGAAAUGGUUAAUCUUGGGGAGAAUUUACUUUCUGGAGCAAUCCCAAGGGAGCUAGGGCUGUGCAGUAACCUCAAGUUUCUCAACCUUAGCUCUAAUAGAUUAUCUGGUUCGCUGGAUAAGGAUCUCUGUCCUCAUUGCAUGGAUGUGUUUGAUGUCAGUGGAAAUGAGCUGUCAGGAUCAAUUCCAGCAUGUGAGAAUAAAGUCUGUGCAUCUCAGCUAAUGCUAGAUGGAAUAACAUCCAGUUAUUCUUCACUCCUCAUUUCGAAAACUCUAGAAGAACUGUCAUUGAGUUUCUACAACUCUGGAGGGCGUUCUAUUGUGUAUCAUAAUUUUGCAAAGAACAAUCUCGAAGGGCAUCUUACAUCCUUGCCAUUCAGUGCAGACAGGUUUGGAAACAAGACGUCUUAUGUGUUUGUUGUUGAUCACAAUAAAUUCAGUGGAUCACUGGAUUCAAUUCUGUUGGAGAAGUGUAGCAGCUUGAAGGGGCUGGUUGUAAGCUUCCGAGACAACAAGAUAUCUGGUCAGUUCACAGCAGAGUUUAGCACAAAAUGCAGUGCUAUCAGAGCUUUGGAUUUAGCUGGCAAUCAAAUAUCAGGAGUGAUGCCUGAUAAUGUUGGUUCGUUGGGAGCUCUUGUCAAGAUGGACAUGAGCAGAAAUUUGCUGCAGGGCCAAAUACCUGCUAGUUUCAAAGAAUUCAAGAGCUUGAAAUUUCUAUCAUUAGCUGGUAACAACCUUAGUGGUAGAAUACCAUCCUGUUUGGGUCAGUUGAGAUCACUGAAGGUUUUAGAUCUCUCUUCUAAUUCUCUUGCUGGGAAGAUCCCAAGUAACCUUGUGACACUAAGAGAUCUCAGUGUGCUUCUACUCAAUAAUAAUAGGCUCUCUGGAAACAUUCCUGAUCUUACCUCUUCUCCAUCGCUGUCAAUAUUCAAUGUUUCAUUCAAUGACUUGUCAGGGCCACUGCCUUCAAAAUUUCACUUACUGACAUGCGACAGUAUUCAUGGAAAUCCAUCCCUCCAACCUUGUGGAUUGUCAGCACUCUCUGAUCCACUAAUGAAUGUCCGAGCUCUAAGUGAGGCAGACACUAAUCCACCAGCUGACAAUACAGCUCCUGAUGGCAAUGGUGGCGGUGGGUUCAGCAAAAUAGAGAUUGCCUCAAUAACUUCAGCGUCAGCGAUUGUUGCUGUUCUCCUGGCUCUGAUCAUCCUUUAUGUUUACACACGAAAAUGUGCAUCAAGACCGUCAAGACGUUCUCUCAGGAAAAGGGAAGUCACUGUUUUUGUUGAUAUUGGUGCUCCUUUGACAUAUGAGACUGUUUUACGUGCCAGUGGCAGCUUCAAUGCAAGUAAUUGCAUUGGAAGUGGUGGCUUCGGAGCAACAUACAAAGCUGAGGUCGCACCGGGAAAAUUGGUGGCAAUAAAGAGGCUUGCUAUUGGAAGAUUCCAAGGUAUUCAGCAGUUCCAAGCAGAGGUCAAAACACUUGGGAGGUGUUGUCGCCAUCCCAACCUUGUGACACUCAUAGGAUACCAUCUCAGCGACUCAGAGAUGUUUCUAAUAUAUAAUUUUCUGCCUGGUGGCAAUUUGGAAAGGUUCAUACAAGAAAGGACUAAGAGACCUAUUGACUGGAGAAUGCUUCAUAAAAUUGCUCUAGAUGUUGCACGUGCACUUGCAUACCUUCAUGACAAUUGCGUUCCACGCAUCUUACACAGGGAUGUCAAACCAAGUAACAUAUUGCUUGACAAUGAUUACACCGCAUACCUUUCUGAUUUUGGAUUAGCAAGGCUGCUUGGAAAUUCAGAAACACAUGCAACCACUGGUGUGGCGGGUACUUUUGGAUAUGUUGCUCCAGAAUAUGCGAUGACAUGCCGUGUUUCUGAUAAGGCAGAUGUGUAUAGCUAUGGAGUUGUACUUCUUGAACUUAUUUCAGACAAAAAGGCACUGGAUCCUUCUUUCUCUCCAUAUGGCAAUGGAUUCAACAUAGUUGCCUGGGCUUGCAUGCUUCUACAGAAGGGGCGAGCUCGUGAGUUCUUCAUAGAAGGGCUGUGGGAUGUGGCCCCGCAUGAUGACCUUGUUGAAAUUCUACACCUGGGUAUCAAGUGUACAGUAGAUUCUCUUUCUUCUAGACCCACAAUGAAGCAAGUUGUUCGGCGAUUAAAGGAACUUAGACCUCCAUCUUACCAGGGAUAGCAAGGAUGGAUUGACUUGCUUCUGCAAAUUAAGAGCAAGGCUGUUGCUGUUCUGGUGACUGCAAUUACCAGUAAUGUUCCCAACAAACUGGUGGCGAGCAAUUCAAAUGCCAUUUCUCAAGGAGCCCUCAAGCAGGACACUCAUGGUGUUUGAACCCUUAUUGAUUAUGUGGCCUUGGAUUGCUGUAUGGAACACGACAUUGCUUCAAUGCCACUGCAACCCAGAGGAAGUUCUGCCAUGCUUGCCAAAUGCCAAAGCUGAUGAGGCACAACCCAGUUACCUUGAUGCAUUUUUAUGCCUUACCGAGCAAUUAAAUUGGCUCAAGGUGCCUCAGCUGCUCUCCUGAUGGGAGAUGACUACCCUGUACCAUGGAACGCAUCUAUCAAAGCAAAACCACGGAUCUGGCAGUUCUGGCCUUCUGUGCGAUCAGUCAGUGGAAAAGGAUUGGCCUGGAGGACUUGUAAGAGCGACUGGAUGGCACUUAUGUCUAUCAAGGCAAAACCAUAACUAUCUAAUCACUUCGCUGACCGCCUAUGUAAUUGUACAUAUCACUUUCUUGUCAUUUUAGUUCAUAUUGUAAUAGUAGAGAUUGGCCCGUUUGGUUCCAUUCUAGAUUUCCUAGAACAGAUAUUCUAGCCUCCGCAUGAACGAUCAAAUGAAGUCUAUUUGCAAAACCUCUUCAAGGAUGGGUA